CGGCGGCCCCGGGCAGCGGCUGCAGCGGAGCGGCUGCGACAGCGACAGCGACAGCAGCACCACCGCAACACCGCAGCGCUCCUGCACUGCUCCCUGCACCGCUCAGCCCUGCACCAACACCGCAGCGAUCCCUGCACUGCUCCCUGCACUGCUCAGCCCUGCACCAACAGCGCAGCGCCAUCCGAACCCACCACUGCAGAACCGAGAUGGAAACCGUGCAUGAGCUGCUCCCCUUCGCCAAAGAAAUGCUCAGCCAGAAGCCCAGCAGGAAGAUGGUCAAGCUGUACAUGCUGGGCAGCGUGCUGGCCUUCUUCGGGGUGGUGAUCGGCCUGGUGGAGACCGUGUGCAGCCCCUUCGGCUCCGAGGCCAGCCCGGAGGAGGAGCGGGACAAGGAGAAGGCGGCGGCGGCCCGGGAGCAGCCGGAGCCGCAGCACCGGGAGGGUUUGGUGCUGGCCAAGGGCAAGGCGGCCGUGCCGGGGCUGCACAGGGCUCUGGUGACCCGGCAGCACGCGUCCUAGGCCGGCCCCACCGCCCAGAGACUCCGCUCGGUGCCAGCACCAAGAGAAGGCUCGGCUGAAGGAGACUGCCAGAAGUGAAGGGUUUUAUUUGCUGCUGUGCAGCAGUGGGGAAAAAUACCUUUUGUUGGUAUAAACCUGUGCGCCACGCACAGCACGGUUUCUUAUUUUUCUUACGGACGCAUUUUACACCAUUUUGCAAGAUCAAUAAAUAUUUUAUAUGGUA